AUGGGCGUUCGUCUAGGCUGCUUGAGCGACUCCCCGUGGUGGCCGCCGCCGCUGCUGCUGCUCCUGCUGCUGUUCUGCACUGUCCCCUGCUGUUCAGGAAGGCCAUUUGGGAUUCCCAUGCCUUCUGUGAAUGUGGCGGUGGUGUUCAGCGGUUCGGCCUACCAGGCAGAGAUUAAGGGGCGGUUAAGCCGGGAAAACUUCAUGGACCUGCCUCUUGAAGUGAACCCCAUCACUGUGCUGGUCAACAACACCAACCCACGGGCACUGCUCACUCGCAUCUGUGAUACCCUCUCCACCAACCGCGUCCAUGGCGUGGUGUUUGAGGACAACGUUGGCUCGGAGGCCGUGGCACAGAUCUUGGACUUCAUUUCCACUCAGACAGCUGUGCCCAUUGUGGGAAUCAGUGGAGGCUCUGCUGUCGUCCUGCCAUACAAGGGUGAAGGCUCCAACUUCCUCCAGCUUGGCGCCUCCAUUGAGCAGCAGAUCAACGGCAUGUUCAAGGUGAUGGAGGAGUAUAACUGGGACAGCUUUGUGGUCAUAACCAGCCUUUACCCGGGCUACGAAACCUACGUGGAUUACAUUAAGUCCUUCACAGACACCAGCUAUUUUAUAUGGGAUCUGCAGGACGUGUUGACGUUCGAUAUGUCCGCAGACGGCAUGAACGACAUCCGAGCAAGGAGACUUCUGCAGCAGGUCGACGCCCAGGUGCUUUUGGUCUACUGCUCUCAUGAAGAGGCUCAGUACCUGUUCGCCAUGGCAUCUGAGUCCGGAUUGUUGGGGCCAGGCUACAUCUGGAUUAUUCCCAGCCUUGCAGUGGGGAACCCGGACAUCCCCCCACCUGACAGCUUCCCUGUGGGGCUCAUCAGCAUCAUCACAGACCGGUGGAGGAUGAGCCUGAGGAAGAGGGUGCGGGACGGGGUGGCUAUCGUAGUGAAAGGAGUGCAGAGCUUUCAGAAACAGAGAGGCUUCGUUCCUGAGGGCCAAAGUGAUUGUCACAACCCCGUCAAGCCAUCCUUUACUAAUGACACUCUGUUCAG